AUGGGGGUGACUGGGUACACGAGAUGGCUUCAGGAAGAAUUCGGCGGCGCCUUCGUGAAACACAGCUCGAGGGUGCCGAGACGGUACGAUCACGUGUACAUCGACGUGAAUAAUCUCUUGCACGUCGCCGCGCAUCACUCGAACAGCGAGUCGAGCUUUUUCAAAAAGCUCUUCACGCUGCUGGACAAUAGGCUGAACAAGACGAACCCGAGACACGGGGUGACGUUAGCGCUUGAUGGACCGGCACCGAUGGCGAAGACGAUCACGCAGCGAAAACGAAGGAUUCGAUUGAGCGCGGGGGCGGCGACGCCGCUGAGCGAGGAGGCGAGUAAGAUGUUGAAGAUUGGAAUAACGCCGGGGAGCGUCUUGGCGCUAAAAAUCGACCGCGCGUUGGAGUAUUACGUGGCGCGACGAAUGCUCAGGAGAGAUAGGAACGGGGCACCGGUUGAUAAGGUUUUGUAUGAAAUCUCGAGCAUGCGCGUCGCGGGAGAGGGGGAGAUUAAACUGGUGAAGAGCAUUCAGCAACGCAUGGCGAACCCGAGGUUUCAGGGACACUCGCAUUGCAUCGUCACCGAGGAUUCCGACGCACUCUUACUCGCGAUGAUUCUGUUCGGGCAGGGUAAGGGACGAGGACGAAAACGAUACGCAUCGAACGAACGGUUUGAGGUGUACGUGAUGGGUGGUAACGAGUGGGUGUUCAUCGCGCGGAAGUUUGACCGCCUCUUGCUCAACGCGCUCCCGAGAGGGGCGUCGCUCGACAGCGCGAGGCGCGAUUUUGUCGGGCUGUCGGCGAUGAUGGGGAACGACUAUAUCCCAAGCUCCAAGCUCGGGGCGAAGACGGCGUGGAAGACGUAUCUAGAGAUGCGAGAGACGUAUCUGUUUCGCGACGACCCGCUGUUCCCGAUGCCCGAGAGCGUGGAUGAGCUCAAUAGACAGUUCAGCAAGAAUACGAGAGCGCAUCCGGAACAAGCGAAGGGAUUGGCAUCCGCGGUGAACUGGGUGUUUUUACGUCAUCUCGCAAGGCGAGUGAUCGCGACGCAGAGGCAUGAUAGCAACAGGCGUGAUAACGAUGGCAAGGGAGCGCAAGAGAGGCAUCGCAAGCGAGCGUACGAGUAUAUGUGGGGGGUAGAAUGGAUGCUCAACAUGUACUUCAACGGUGAGUGCGAAGAUUUUAGUUUUCACUUCACCGGGCAAGGACCGACGAGCACGUACGACUUUUUGUCCGUACCGGAUGAGUAUGACGUGUCGUGCGAUCCGCUCGUCAAUCUUAAGCGCGCUGAAGCGAGCUUUUACAACUCGCGUCCGGUGACGCCGCUCGCGUACUCCCUCGCGGUCAUACCUCGAGGCGGUCGCAAGCAAAUUUCGAAUAAUAUUCGUCGGCUCGUCGACCCUAAGUCACCGAUUCGAGAGAUGUUUGCCAUGGACUACUGUUCAGAGUGCAUUCGGUAUCGCAUGCAUGUGGCUCCAAUGGAGAACGCGCUGUCGAACACUUUGGCGUCGAAAGAUCCGGGAUUCAGCGAAGUCGUGCCUUCGAACGCGCAGUUCUCACGAUUUUCGCGCUUCACGGACGACGAGGGCUACAUCAUCGAUCCAGAGACGGGCGAGUACAUGUCCAUGGAUGAGGUGCGGAAGAGGGUGAAGGAACUCAGUCGAGCGCACUUACAGCACCUACACUCGGCACCGCAGCACGCGAACGAAGAUCCAAUUUGCCUUCCCACGGUCGAGGCCGCCGUAGCGAGACUUAGCGCGGAUAACGUGCUCACGGAGGAAGAGGAAGAGCUUCGCACGCUGGCGACCUCGGUGCUCUUUUGGCGUCACACAAUGUUUGAUCCCAAGGAUGUCGAUGCUCGCGACUUUGCCGACGAGGAAGAGCUUUCGACUUGGUACAAAAAGAUCGUCCCCAACGGCUACCCGAGUCUCCAAAAAGAGCAAACGACGGAGAUUCGUAAGUUUGACGGCGACAUCGACGACGUUGUUCGUCGAUGGGGCGUCGACAACGAACAUUUCAAGGAGAUGGACGACGCGAACGCGUCCAUCGCGGCGUCACGGAACAGCCAAUCGAGUAACGGUCGAAACGACACGAAUGCGCGCGCCCGACACCAACGGGACGACCAAUCCACAUCGGCGACGACGGACGCCGUCUCGAGCGACGUGGUUCGCCCGUCGUCUCGCCGCCCGAACGGCACCAACGGCGCGAGAACAGACACAAAGCGAGGCACCGAACGCCGUCUCCGCGCGGUUCGAGUCCAAACGCAUCGCUCGACGUUCGCGCGCGCGUUCUAA